CCACCAUUCAACUUCAUCCGAACAACCUUUUCCAAACUUCCAACCAUCUUGAAUAAUAACCCUCCUAAAAGUCGGGCAUUACUCAUCUCAACUAUUACUACUGAAUACGGCUUCCGGAGAGGCCCUAGUAGGUACCAUUGGGAUUUGACGCUGUAGUGCUUGAUAAGCUCUAAUAUGGAGUACUCACUUGAUAUCUAACAUAUGGUAGAUCCAUCUAGCAUACCCGCCCUGAAUGGUCAACGGCAUAGCAUCCUUGAGUAGUCUGCAUGUGGGGGGCACAGAGCGGAAGAUUGCGUUAUUGCACCAAACGUGCAAACAGAAUGAGUAUACCGUAAGAUAUACUUCUCCAUCAUGUCAUCGAAACAGGAUAAACCAUCCACCGUGCCCAAGUUUUCCUCAUUUAAGCCUCCACUUGAGAAGCCUCAACCCCAAAAUGAGACCAAGACCAACCUUGAGGAACUAAAACAACGCGGUACGCUUUCUAUCUCAAGGCGCGAACACCAAGAUUCUUCAGGAGUUAUAUCACGUCAUACGGAGAAGGCCCGUCAUCAUAAGCUCUCACAGCGACCUUCCUCACAAGAACAAGAUAGAGACACUUUCUUCGUAUACGAUAAGCGAGGCGACUCCUUGAUUCGGAGAUAUGGCGGUAACGAUCGCCGUGAUGUCCCUAACUACCGCCGUUUUGGGUCCGGCCGUAUCUUAGGGGCCAAUGGCUACAUGAGAAUUGACCAUACAGGUAGCCGUGAUGAGUUCUUUCUUCUAGGCUUCCGUGAAAGCGGUUCCCUACUCGGUAGUGAUAGGAAGAGCCUUCUAGCCAAGGGCGGUCAUUUUAAAUCGCAGGCUAUUAGGGUUCGACAAGAACAGUCCCAAACUGUGGCCGGUUCAGAGGAUUUUGUAUCCCUAAAGACAUCAAGAAAGCGAAAGCGGGAUGGAUCCGAACCAGGAGAUUCGUCGAGCGACGAAGGACAAGCCUAUAGGUCAAUUCAUGGCAAAAGCAAAAGCCAUGAGCAUUCCGAUAGUGAUGUUGACUACGACAGUGAGACAUCUACAGGCGCAAGGGACCGAGGUGCGGAUGAGCCCACGAGCUUAAAGACGAUUGAGCUGUCUAGGAGAGUCCGUGACCAUCCGCAAGACGUUGAUGCUUGGCUAGAGCUUGUCAAACAUCAAGAUACUCUUCUGCGAAUAAGUGGGCAAGACAGUCGCCAUCCCACCGCAGCAGAGAUUAAGAGUUUUGCUGAUAUUAAACUGUCCUUGCUCGAGCAAGCCUACUCUCAUGCGACCACUGACUCGCAGCGAGAGAGGCUACAGUUAAGAAUCAUGCAAGAAGGUUCGAAGAUAUGGGACAGCAUAACUAUGUCAAAACGAUGGGAAUCGGCUCUAAAGGAGCACGGGGCCAGUUUUGAAUUGUGGAAAGAGUAUACAAACUUCCGGCAAACAAGAUUAUCGACAUUUCAAUAUGAGGAACUCCUACAACACUAUGCCAAUCGUUUGAACCGGUUAGCGAGGGAGGCUUUGAUAAAACAAGACGAGUCGAAAAAAUUUCGAAACCUUCGAGUCUUUCGAAUCUACGAACAAAUGAUAUAUGUCUUCUUAAGAGCUACACGUUUCAUCGCAGAUUCCGGGUAUAAAGAACUUGGCAUAGCAGCAUGGCAGGCCGCCUUAGAAUUAACAUUUGCGCGCCCACCCAAUUUUCCCGAGAAAAUAUCUAUUGCUCCGCCAUCUGGCUUCCUGGAUUUUUGGGAAAGCGAGGUACCGCGGAUAGGAGAGGAUGGGGCUUUGGGGUGGAUGACUUUCGAACAAGGCGACCGAGAACCGGAACUUCCCGAGCCCCCCAAAACUCCAGAUGAGUUUGUAUCUCCAAGUACUCGGGAUGGCUAUAAAGCUUGGUCAAUCAUGGAGCAACACCGAGCUCGGGUGGCGGCAAAUCCCGCUCGUACUAUGGAUGUUGGAGAAGAGGACGAUCCAUUCCGUGUCGUCAUGUACGCAGAUAUCCAGGAUAUACUCUUACAUCUUCCGAACGAGGCCAUUCCUAGUCUUCAACGUCAACUGCUAGAUGCAUUUUUAAUAUUCUGCCAACUACCUCCAGCGUUCGCUUCUAGCGAAAUUGUCCGGGAUAUGCUUCAGGAUAGUUUUCUCGUUCGUAGUCCAGCGGACCCAAUCACCGUAGAGAGCUCGUCUAAUCUGAUUAUAAAUACUGAGGAGCAAAACAAAAGACCGCCGGAGUUCUCACAUGACUACGAGCGAAUGCAAAUCACACCAGAGGUUCUCUUUCCGGUACCUAAUUGGUUUAGAAGUAUGAAGAAAAUUCGAGGUGACGUUCCCACGGAUCAAUACAUGUGGAUUUCGACUACAUUAAAGCAGCUCGUUCGUACAUUUGGCAUAUGUGAGCUAGGCCCAUAUUAUCUCGCCUUUGAAUCGAUGAACGAGCCCGGGCAUGAAAAGAAAACGGCAAAAGCACUCCUGAAACAAGAUUCUACAAACGUCGACUUAUACUUGGGUUACUGUAUACUCGAAUGGAAAAAAGGCAACAAGGAUAUCGUUCGCAUUACGAUCCCUGCUGCGAUGAGCUUGCCAGCCAUAACAGUUCAUAGCAAGCUCUCCUUGAACAUUGCUGCCGCAUGGAUGGAGCUUGAAGAUUGCAACUUGGUUAAGGCAACCCUACAAUUAUGUAUAUUGUCAGAUGACCCCUCUUCUACGAGAUCAAUAUCGGAAAACCCGCCAGCUUCCACGGCCCAGAUACUGAAGACGAGACAUUUUCUCUCAUCGAACCGAGACUAUUUGUUGUCGUCAGGCGAUGCCGAGAAUGCCAUCAUAUAUGCUGAGGGUCUAGCGCUGCUUGAAUAUUUAACACGGCAGAGUAAUAAGGAACCCUCUAGCGGAAGCCAAGGGGAUAUUUGGUCCGCAAUAUCUAGUAUCUCUACCUGUUCUGAUGAGCUGGUAUCUCGAGAUCUUAGGAGUAGUCCACAUCAUGAGAGAUUGCUACAGUUUGCUGCUCGUUUACUUUACUAUCAUGCUAGCCAAGGGCCAUUCAGACCCGGGUUCCUUCGUGAGCAGCUAACGAAGUACAUCAAUUUCUUCCCCCAGAACACGAUCUUCCUCAGCCUUUACGCAUGGAGAGAAGCGCGCCUUAGUAUAGACGAUAGGGUACGUUCAAUCCUCGACGAGGUCGUUCUCGUCGAACCACAUGACUGCAUCAGCAGCCGCAUGUUCGCCAUUCAAUACGAGUCCCGCACAGGGAACGUGCACUCUACGCGGGCAGCAUUCGAGCACGCCUUGGAAAGCGAGACGUGCAGAAACCACCCGGGUCUCUGGAUAUCGUAUAUCAGGUUCUGUCACGGCAGAAAGGAACUGAGAGCCAAGGCCAAGAGCGUGUUCUAUCGAGCACUCCAGUGCUGUCCCUGGUCGAAAGAAGUGUUCAUGGAGGCGUUCGUCACGCUGGUUAGAGAUAUGGAUUCCUCUGAGCUUAGGUCGGUGUAUAAUACGAUGUGCGAGAAGAGGCUGCGUGUCCACGUUGAAAUGGAGGAGUUCGUGGACGGAUGGCGGAGGGACCAGAAGGAGAAGGACGAGGCAAGACGGUAACAGGUGCAAAGUCCUUGGAACUAAUAUAUACGAAUAUAAUACCUAGUUAUUCCUUAAUACUAAAUAGUCUCUAAGUGAAAGGCACAUAAUCCCUAAACCAGGCGCCUGCCAUCUAUUCUUUAUUUU